AUGAGCAUAAUUCUGAAGAUGAAGCUCUCAAUCGCCGCAUCAUUAGCUUUUUCGGUUUUUAUUGGCUCUAUCUAUGCUUCUCAAUCUGAUUCGAAGGCGAAACAUACAAUUACUUGCCCAGAGAUACUUCCUUUGAAUGAUACGAGAGGUCCAUGUCAUAUUGAAUCUCCUUGUCGAGGGAACUCCCCAAAUACCCGGACAUCGUGGUGCUGUCGCAACAUCCACACGGACUAUGAGUUGGAUUGGCCGGAUACAGGCGUUACGCGCGAAUAUGAGUCUGUGGUGGGGAACCAUCACCAUCGACCAGACGGCCAUGACCGUGCCACUAUUGCCGUCAAUGGAAAAAUACCCGGACCACCAAAUUUUGCUGACUGGGGUGACUGGGUCAUCGUUCACGUCCGCAACAAUCUAACUGCAGAGACUAAUGGCGUGGAGGCUGGGGUUUCGAUUCACUGGCAUGGCAUUUUAAUCCCCAGUGACUGGACUCAUAGCCCUUCAUCACAGGCUUACGACACAAUUCAAACGUUUGGUCCUCAAGAAUUGGCCAACUGCUUACUGAAUGGAACGAACAUUUGGUCUCCCGCAGAGGAUACAAAUGAAUGUAGCUUUCAGGAUGUCUCUCAGCCAAACCACCUGCUUCCUUCCUGCUUUCUUAAGAGGGAUAAAGACUCAUCAUCCGUGACUAUUGGAGAUCGCUUUAAUAUGACGAUGGAAUUCGGAAAGUCUUACCGUAUACGGCUUAUCAAUGCCGCUAUUGAUAACCAGUUUCGGUUCCUGAUUGAAGGACAUGACAUGACUGUCAUUGCAAUGGAUCUACUAGAGGCACAGGAUGAGGAUACUCGCAUGAGAGACUGA